AUGUAUAAUAAAUCAAAAGAUAAUCACAAUAAUAAUAAGAAUAAAGAAAAGAAAAAUUAUCCAUUUAUAAGAAAAAGAAAAUUCAAAUCAAAAUAUGAUUCAAGAAUACAUUUAUUAAAACAGAAGAUUAUACAGAAACGACGAGCAGAAUUCGUUUCUCGUAAUCAAAAGCAAAAGCCCAAUACAAUCAAUCGAACGGAAAUAAUCCAAUUGAUAUCUGAUAAGCCAAAAGUGAUUCCUAAUGUUUUCACAAUGUCAAGUGAUAAUUCUUGUGAACAACCAUUUUCAAAAUUGGACAAAGAUGUAUCAGUUGAAAAAAUGUCUUCAGUGAAAUCUCAUUCAAUUAGACCAAAUAAAAAAUCUAAAUCGUUCAUUGUCAAUAACAAAUCAGAAAAUGAUCAAUCAAAUCAACAGUAUAAUUUGCAUAACUCAACUUCAAAUUUAUAUUCAACAAAUAACAUGAAAGAAGUAUGGUUUGAUGAUGUACCACAGGCUUUAAUUGCUAAUUCAAUGCAAGAUCAAUCGGCUACAACAAAAUCUUUAGUGAAACUAACAUCAUUUUCAGGUCCGACACGUCGUAUUGCAAUGGAUUGUGAAUUCGUUGGAGUAGGUUUUGAAGGUAAAGAUGAUGCAUUAGCACGUGUUUCAAUUGUAAAUCAAUUUGGUCAUACCCUAUUGGAUGCUUAUGUACGUCCAGAAGAACGUGUUGUUGAUUAUCGAACAAAAUUCUCUGGUAUAAGACCUCGUGAUUUGCGAAAAAAUGGACCAGCUCGAGCUUUCAAUGAUGUGCACAAAGAAGUUGCAGAAUUGAUAAAGAAUAAAAUACUAGUUGGACAUUCUAUCCUGAAGGAUCUUAAAGUUUUAAGAUUGUCGCACCCUCGUCGUUUUAUUCGUGAUACAUCACGUUAUCGUCCAUUUCGGGAUUUAUUCAAUGGUCGUAUACCAUCACUCAAAGCACUGACACAAAAAGUUCUUGGUGUGAAUGUACAAAGUGGUGAACACGAUUCAGUUGAAGAUGCUAGAGCUACUAUGCGUCUAUACACAUCUGUGAAACGUGUCUGGGAAUCAAAGAAAAAGCAUCGGACUUCAAAAACCGAACAAGUCAAGAAGAAUAUAAAUCUAGAAGAACAAGGCGUACUGAAUGUAAAAGAUGAAUAUGAGUCUGGAUUACAUGAAGAAGUGAAAUGUCAUAAGUCUCAACAACACCAACAACAAUCUACAACUUCCACUAAAGAUUCUAUUCAUAAAUUCAAACAAUGGGAUCCAAUACGUAAUCGUAAAUGUUCAAAAAAUCGAAUGAAAUUUCUCAAUCGACAUCGUAAACAUAAAAGAAACACAAGUACACAGAGUAAUAAACCAACUUGA